CCAGCCGGUGCGUGAUAACGACGAUGACGCAGAACAGCGGCUGAUGAUCAGCACCGCUGGCUCUGAGCAUGCCCGUGCCGCUACAUUUCCACGGCGAUAUGUGGCCUGCAGUUGUAGCAAUAAAUAUCGGACGGGGUAAAAUGUCAGGGGUUCUGCAUCCAGCAACAUCUGGUUCUCGCUGAGGAAGGACAGAGCUGCGCAUCGUCGUCAGGAACCGUCCCGGAGAUGGAAGCGGGGGCUGCGGAAACCGGGGAUGACGGUAGCCCGAGCGAAGCAGCGGCCGCUGGUCCCUCUUUGCAGCUUGACUUCGGGGACCCCGAAUCAAGCAAUAAGGCUCAGAUAUCAGAGAUGCCAUCCCCAUUUGGAGCGAGCCAAGGACAUGAGAAGAAGAUUGGCCACAGAAGGGUAGAUGCCUCUGGAGAGACAACAUACAAGAAGACAACCUCCUCUGCCUUGAAAGGAGCCAUCCAGUUGGGUAUCGGAUAUACUGUCGGCAACCUCAGCUCCAAGCCCGAGAGAGAUGUGCUCAUGCAGGACUUCUACGUGGUUGAAAGCAUCUUCUUCCCCAGUGAAGGCAGCAACCUCACACCAGCCCACCACUUCCCAGACUUCAGGUUUAAAACCUACGCCCCUGUGGCCUUCCGCUACUUCAGAGAGCUUUUUGGGAUCCGACCAGACGAUUACCUGUACUCUCUGUGUAAUGAGCCACUGAUUGAGCUGUCAAAUCCAGGAGCUAGUGGCUCAAUUUUCUAUGUGACCCGUGAUGAUGAGUUUAUCAUCAAAACUGUGCUGCACAAAGAGGCUGAGUUUCUACAGAAAUUGCUCCCUGGGUACUAUAUGAACUUGAACCAGAACCCCCGGACUUUACUGCCAAAGUUCUUUGGCCUCUACUGUGUCCAGUGUGGAGGAAAGAACAUCAGAGUGGUCGUGAUGAACAAUAUUCUACCACGUUCCGUGCGCAUGCACCUUAAGUUUGACUUAAAGGGCUCAACAUACAAGCGGCGAGCAUCCAAGAAGGAAAGAGAGAAGUCCAAGCCCACCUUUAAAGACCUAGACUUUCUGAGUGAUAUUCCUGAAGGUCUCACUCUGGACCAGGACACAUUCAAUGCUCUGGUCAAGACGCUGCAAAGAGACUGUCUGGUUCUGGAGAGUUUUAAGAUUAUGGACUACAGUUUGCUGCUUGGGGUCCACAACAAGACCCAAGCAGAGAGAGAGCGUCAGUCUCAGGGAUCACCUGUCGGAGGAGGGGAUGAAAAGAGGCCCACAGGGCAGAGAUCCUUGUAUUCCAGUGCCAUGGAGUCAAUACAGGGAGGCUCCACCUGCAGGGACACACUGGACCACGAUGACACUAUGGGUGGAAUUCCAGCUGUGGGUGCGAAAGGGGAGCGCCUCCUGCUGUUCAUCGGAAUCAUUGACAUUCUGCAGUCCUACAGGCUGAUUAAGAAGCUGGAACAUUCUUGGAAGUCCCUCAUCCACGAUGGAGACACCGUGUCAGUUCACAGACCGAGCUUCUAUGCUGAGAGGUUCUACAAGUUCUGUAGCACAGUUGUCUUCAAGAAGAGCUGCUCGUUGCGAUCGUCUCCAUCAAAGAGAGGAAGAGGGGUUCUCAUGUCCAAGUCCAGCGCAGGAGCCAGCUCAACAGGCCAGCGUCCUUCACUGACUGAUGACAGGCCGGAAAACCUGGACAACUUCGAGAACCUAAGAGGAGCUCGCGGCUUCCCCAUGUUGGAGGACAAUGGGAAAGAACCACCCUGCACUCCUCCUUCAUUUGAAGAUGCCACCACGGCAUCUAUUGCUACCACUCUUUCAUCAAACAACUCCUUACCCACCACCCCCUUUGAUACACCUGAGCACCCACGCUACAGGAGGCAAAUGCUUUCACCAAACAUUUCCAGGUCACAAAAGGAGGUAGCCGAGGUUCACAUUGAACGACAGGACACCAUAACAGUGGAGGUGGAGCUCAGUAAAAUCCCAAAGAGCACGGAGCUCACACAGAUGACAGAAAUUCCCACACCCGGCCAUCCGUCAUCUGAUCCUCUGCCUCCUGUCACUGCAUCAUCCACAUCAUCCACUCCUCCCGUUAAUCCAUGCUCUCAAUAUUCCUCCUCUACCCUUCCACCUUCCUUUGUGGCCUCCUCUUCCUCCUCCACCUCUCAGUCCACUGGGCACUCAUCCUCCACACUUACUUCAUCAAUCUGUCCAUCCACCAAACCGCUCACCUCUCCAACUCCUGCGCAGUCUUUAAGUCUUUCUUCUCCAGUCUCUCAAUCAGCUGUGCAAGCCACAGGUCCAAAGAGCUCCACCCUUCCUCCUGCCUCAGCAUUCACCCCUGUCUGUCCAGCAUCUUCUCACUCCCCGCCCCCCAACUCCUGUCAUCACCUGCCAUCAACACCCCCUUCCUCUGUCCCUCAAAGCCCCCAGGUGUCUCAGCGGUCACCACAUACGUCGCACAAUCAGCUGUCUGUCUCCAGCAGCCACAACUCGCUGGAUGGGGAGGUGCAAGUUUCCGACAUAUACUUUUAUGCAGAUGGCAGAUAUUGGGUGUACUCUCCAGUUCUUGGCCGUCGUAAGCUAAACUCUAGUUCAAGUUACAAUCAGACUCAGGAGGAUCGGAGCUGGGUGUACUCUCCUCUGCAUUGCAGCUCAGAGUCCAGAAGGGGCUCAGAUGGGGAGAGUGAGACAUAAAUCACAGUGGAGGCAGCAGUGAUGGGUGGAGCCAGAGGUCAUCUGUAAGAUUUUAAUGAUAAAGCCACCAGGAAAUGUGGGGAGCUUGCUUUGCUGAGUCCAACAAAAACCAAAGGAGUGAACUUUUGGAAGUAUUUACAUUCAGCUGAAGAAACAGUCAGAAGUAUUAUAAUACUAUAGAAAACCGUUCUAAGGCAUCGGCUCCAGGACAAUCUCACUGAUAUCAAGUGGAGAAAUCACACCGGCACUGUGGAUACUUUCAGUGUUCAUAAAAUCCGGGCUCAGUGCAACAAAAAUACCAUUUUAAAUUCUAGUGUUGAUCCCAAAGUUUCCAGAGCGUCCAAACCUCCACGUGUUUAUUUUCUGCCACUUAUCCAGAAUCAGGUUUUAGGCUGGAAGCAGGCUAAGAAAAUGUAGUCCAGGCAUCACUCUCCCCAGGUCUGGCUAUGCAAUACAGACAUGUUGUUUGUGUUACUUAUUUCUGUUUUUGACUCAACUUUACGACAUCAUACUUUACUUAAUGUGUGUUCGUUUUCUUCACUAGAGGCAUGUCAGAGCUGUGUAUAAUUUUAUUGUGGCCGAGGUCUUUUGAAAUCAUAGAUGUUUUAUUAUUUUGUCAUCAGUUGUUGGUUCAAAACACACUCAAACACAGUUAAUGUUGUGGGUGUUGUGCGUGCACAGGUUUCUCUUUCUUCCAGUGGUGUGUGGUGCUCCACUCAACAAUCUCUGAUCUGACAAUGAAUGGUUUUGUUCAAAUUGCCUUACUGAUGUUAACUUAGGUAUAAUCAUAACCAAUGUUAAUAUUUUCUGAUAAUAUGUAAUCACUGAAAAAAAAAAACCCUCUAAAAUCCAUAGCUGACUGUGAGAAAAUACAUUUUGUAGCAGUUUAAACAAAAGAAUCAACCAUGCAAUUACUCAUUUUUAAUAUUCAAAAAGGUCGCAAAGAAGAAAAAAAAUGGAUAAAAUUAUCUUUUUUAAAAUUGUUGUUUAGCUUGUGUGUGCUUUAGCACAUACAUGUACGCCUGUGCCCUUAUGUCUCUGUCUGUGCAUGUGUUUGCAUGCAUGUAAUGUGUGACUGGGAAACAUUUUUGCUGCCAUGCCUGUUUGUCAGUUUGUCUAAAGGUGUUGUUGUUGUUAUACGCUAUGAAAGUUUAAAGCAGCUAAAAGCAUGUUGGCUGCGUGAGACAAAACAAAUCCAGUUGCCCCCCCCCCCAGUCUCCGGUCACCUUGGAUUCAUUAUAAUUUGCCAAAUUAAACAAAGUGUGAACUGAAGCAUCCUUGGGUUUCUAAACCAAGCAAAGACAAACGGUACCUUCUGUCUUCCAUAAAUGGUGACACUUGCUGAAACGAGAUUGACCUUAAUUAGACUCCCCGACUGUGUCCACAAGCACCACUGCACCAUAUUACUGUAUUAUUUGAGUUAACCUGCCUGUUUGUGGGCAACAGUGUUUGUAGCUGAUCACUGUGUAAAAUAUAAUAAAAUUAUAUUGUGUAAAAA